CUAAAUCAAUAAACUCCACUAACAUCUCCCUAAGUAACUAUAUACCAACCAAUUAACCAAACCACAACACAAUGGCCAAGAAUGCUACUGAAAUAACCAGUUUGGCUUCCCUCGAUCGAAAGCUAGCCAUUGCCAAACGUUGUUCUCAUGAAGGUGUAAUGGCGGGAGCCAAAGCAGCUGUCAUGGCUUCCAUUGCUACUGCGAUUCCGACGUUGGCAAGUGCAAGAAUGGUGCCUUGGGUGAGAGCCAAUCUCAAUCCCACCGCUCAAGCUCUCAUCGUUUCCACAGUGGCUGGAAUGGCAUAUUUCAUUGUGGCUGACAAGACCGUUCUGGCUACAGCACGGCGAAAUUCCUUCAACCAGUCACAACUACACUGAACCAUAAUAAUUUCUAAAAGUUUUGUUUUUCGCAGUCAGUUAUGUAAUAUUUAUCCAUCUUUUACCGCUUUCAGUAUUAAAUAAAAUUUGCUUUCUUUUCCUUUAUUUUAUAUUGUAAAAUUGCAUAAAUUCUUAUUCAGCACAAAUAUAAAAAUU